CGAAGAUGUCAGCCCGUGUUCUGGUGUCUGGUACUGGAUUCGACUACGGAGAAUCUCUGCCACUGCAAAGAAACGACAUAUGUAACCUGAGUUAAUAAGAGCGAGUUUUGUUUAUUACAGGUUGCCGAGGGAGGCAGAAAUGAAGGCUCUCUCCGCUGAGACCAUACGGCUGCUUUCCAGCUCUCAGGUCAUUACCUCUGUGGUUAACGUUGUAAAGGAAUUGCUGGAGAACUCUUUGGAUGCCGGAGCCUCAAGUGUUGAAGUGAAACUGGAGAAUUAUGGGCUGGACCGCAUAGAGGUGAGGGACAAUGGCUCUGGGAUCAAAGCGUCCGAUGCCCCGGUGAUGGCGGUGAGACACUACACCUCCAAGAUCUCCAGCCAUGAGGACCUGGAGCAUUUGGAGACCUACGGCUUCCGAGGGGAAGCGCUGGGGUCCAUCUGCGCCGUGUCGGAGGUUGUCCUCACCACAAAGACAGUAGAUGAAGACAUCAGCACUCAAUAUACCCUUGACCUGACUGGAAAGAUCGUCUCCCAGAAGCCCUCUCAUCUCGGCCAAGGUACCACGGUCUGUGUGCUGAAGCUUUUUAAGAACCUCCCCGUGAGGAGACAGUUCUACUCCAACACUCGGAAGUGCAAGGACGAGCUGAAGAAGGUGCAAGACCUGCUAAUGGCCUAUGCCAUCAUUAAACCGGAGCUGAGACUCACGUAUACCCACAACAAGGCAGUGGUCUGGCAGAAGCCCAGGGUGUCCGAUCGCAGAACGGCCCUCUUGGCAGUGCUCGGAAUGGCCUCCGUGGCCAACUUGCUCCCCCUCCAGCAUCGCCAGGAGCAACCAGAGAUUACAAUAGAUGGAUACUUUCCCAAAGCAGGCUCAGAUGUUGCUGCAACAAGCUCCAGUAGCUCCGACAGGACAUUUAUUUUUGUGAACAAUCGACCUGUUCAUCACAAAGACAUUCUCAAGGUGGUCAAAGAGCAGUACAGCUCCCAGUAUGCCAAGGACUCGGCCCACGGCCACUACCCCACGCUAAUGAUGUCCAUCACUGUCCCCGCGUCCUCCGUCGACGUCAACCUCACUCCAGACAAAACUCAAGUGAUGCUCCAGAACAAGGAAGCUGUGCUGUCGGCAGUACAGGCCAUGCUGGCUACACUGUAUGGCCCUCAGGCCAGCGUGGAUUCCGCAGCUCCUGAUGGGACAGACAGCCACGUGUCUCACACAGAUGCUGAGCCAUCGCUUCAGGGCUCCACGUUAGAUGGUCUGGGGGAUGGUUUGGGCGUGGAGGGUCCUCUCACGUACAACAAAACCGCCCCGCUGGAUGAAUCCUCUCAGCCAAGAACACCAGAACCUUCCUCCGAGGUGCACCGUGAACCAGGCGGUGAGUCAGAAUCAUCCCUGAACCGGACGGCGAACACUAGCUCCUCCUCCUCCUCAGAAGACUGGAUAAACAAGAGCUUCAGUGAGUUUGAACAGAACUCCUCCAUGGUUAAAGAGGAUGGUGAUCUGAGCUCCUCAGUGGUAAUGGACUGCACCCCACCAAAGAGUCCUGAUGGCCUGGUGCAGGGCGAUGAGAUGCUGGAGGUUCCGGCUGACAGCUGGAGUAAGGGAUGGGCCUUCAGGGAUCCGGUCACAGGAGGACACCUGGAGCCGGUAAAGAUCCACGUGCCCGCUGAACACCCGGGAGAGGCAGACGCUGACACCCAGAAGAGCCCAGGGCAAAAAAAGGCGCUCAACGCUGUGACAGAGAAGAUGAGCAAAGCGACGGCCUAUGACCUGAUCAGCAGCUGUGCCAUCCGACAGCCCAUGUCCGCCAGCGCCAUUUUCCAGCAGGAAACCAGACCCACAAUCCUCCAGGAGAAUCCGAAAGCGAGUCUACAGGAAGUCGCCGUCGCCAUGGAAGAGAAAUGGAAAAACCUCAAGGAGGAAGACAGGCAGAAGUACGAGGAGCGAGCCGAGAGGGACCUGAACCGCUACAGCCUUCAAAGCAGGCAAGCGUCCGAGCGAGGCGCCGGGACGCGAGAGUCGGGGAAGCAGCCCCAGGGCCUCAAACGCAAGGCCCCGCUCUCCAACCAGAUGAUCCUGGACCAGCUUUUCUCCUCUCAGCCCCCGAGGAAGAAGAGUCCCGUGAAGCCCAGUAGGCCUCUCCCGUUCAGCGUGGCUGCCCUGAGGAGGCGGCUCAGCCUCCCAUCGUACGGCAGCGGCCCGGAGGCCCUCAGCCUCGUAAACCGCUUGCCGUCCCACAGCUCCUGGGUGGUUACUUGCGGAGGAAAGCUGUCAUUGUUAAACCCGUCGCGGGUGGAAGAGGCCUUGCUUUUGAAUCAGCUUUUGGAGGAUAAAGUACUCCCAGCAGUGCAGCUGGAGACCCCUAUACUGUUAACAGAGAGUGUUCUUGGUGGAGCAGAGUACACCAGUGUUCUCUGUAACAUGGAGAGGGGGAAUCCAGAUCCAGGUGGUGUUACCUGCUUCUCAGAUCCCAGGCUUCUGUGGAACGGAUUUCAAAUCCGACUGACUCCAGAGUCCCCGUCCACCGAGAGACGUCUGGAAGUUGCAGGAAUAGCAGACUGCGUGCCCUUCCUCGGUGUCACAGACCUGAAAGAAAUUCUGACAGCUGUCAUUAAGAGGAAUGCUACGUCUGUGAGAGAGUGCAGGCCGCUCAAAGUUGUCAACUACCUUGAGGGGGAAGCUGUUCGGCUGACACGGCAGCUCCCUCUGAGUCUCUCCAGAGACGCCAUGAAGGACGUGCUGUCCCGGAUGAAGCAGCAGCUCGGGGACGACUGCCGGACCUGUAUCCACGGACGCCCCUUUUUCCACCAUCUAACUGAAGUCCCGGAAACGGAGCAGGACGCUCUCCGGAUUAUGUCCAGUUCACAUUAAUGUAGUGUGGUGUUGCAUUAAAGAUUGGGUAAUUCUCUACCGGAAGUAUCAAGCUGUCCUUUAAAAAAAUGUGGUAAAUAUUCCAUGUGUUCCAUGUGUUGUUCUGGAACAAAUUACAGGUGCUGAAAAUGGAAUAUAAGUUUAAAAAUAUAUAUUUUUUCACUGGAACUUCUGACAGUAGCGGUUUUUCAUGUCUGCCUGUAUGUUGCAUUUGUAUUUCUUUCACUAAA